GCUCAAAAGAUCACACUGUAUAAGUAAGUGAUUGGCUGAUGUUUGUCACAUGAUACAGGGGUUGGGGAAAUUAAAGAAAAGUUUUAAAUUUACCAGAAAAAAAUCUACUCCUCAUUUGAAAUUCAGGGGGUAAGCCAUGCCGCGCUGCAUCGUAAAAGGUUGUCCACACGCCACGACUAAUAACUCUGUUUCCAUAGGAGUGACGUUACACACAUUUCCUUAUAAUUAUGAAAAAAUCAAGAAGUGGCUUCAGCAGAUAGGCCAGGAUUUUGGUAACCUCGAUGCUUUUGCUGAAUGUAUUAUGGAUAUAGAGAAAUAUAACAGUUUUCGUCUUUGCUCUGCUCAUUUCACCCAGGACAGCUAUAUUGCACAUGGGACUAAAAUCUAUCUGAGAACAGAUGCAAUACCAACGCUUUUUCCUGUAAGGGAUUUUCCUACUGCUACAGAGGAAAAUGUCAUUUCUGCUACGUGCAAGCCUCCUCAAGUAGAUCUCCAGACAAGGCAUUUUUCUGUAGGCCAGAUGGUGCAAACUGCCAAUGUCAGCACCUGUACCGAUCCGUACCAUGCAAUGAAAGAUGCAAGCACAUGCACCGAACCAUACCCUUUAUUAUUAAAGACUGUUCCUUGCUAUACACUAAGAAAUUCAUACUCAGGUAACGAAUCUAAGUUUGCAAUGAAAAGUGUCGGCACGUUUCAGCUAAUUCCACAAUUCGAUGUCAGCACAUCCACAGAUCCUAUGUUUGGGAAAAAAAAUGCCUACACGUAUGCAAACCUCCCAUUUUCCUACGCAAACGGGCCGACUGCAGAUAAAGUGAUACAGUGGCCAGAGUACGAACAGAAUUUUGAUGGGGAGAUCUGGAAAAUAAAACAUGAUCACUUCUAUGUCUCAAGCCGUCCUCCAUCAACGAACGUCAAGAAUCAGAAACCCGUAGAGAAAGUCAAACCUCAAGCUGAUUCCUACCAGGAAUUUGAAAGUGAUACUUCUACUGAUUCCACGUCGCUGAUGAAGAAAAUCAUAAAAGAGGACCCCGACUACAUACCUGAGGAUGAAUCAAUGUCAGAUACCGACACUUCCUGCGAAGAUGAUCUUCCGCUUGAUGAAAUGUGUCCUGUCCUGGAACAUCUCAUCAAUUUACUGAAGAUGAACAAGAGACGGGUUCAGAUGAAAAAAAUGACACAAAAAAUAUUGAACAACGCCCUGGAGAUUGUCUACCUGUUGACUGGGGAGGAAUACAAUGUUGUAAGGAAUAAUGCAGACAGCACCAAACGUUUGGAACCAUGUACCGAUAAGAUACCUAUAAAGUUUGGGGAUGUUGCUGUCUAUUUUUCUAUGGAAGAGUGGGAUUAUAUUGAAGAAAAUAAAGAGCUAUACAAGGAUGUCUUGAAGCAAGAACUCCAUACCUGGAAUAUUUACCCAGAUCAUCUAAAGCCUAAUAAUGUCACAGAAAAUGUCAACACUGAAGAAUAUAAUCCUUCUUGGUCACUAGAACAACAACGGAAGUCACUCAAACAAGAUGAAUUACCUGAUUUUCACAACGAUAGAAUGGAAGAAAGUUGUGAGUCUAAUUCAGCACCUUCUCAAUAUAAACAGCAAGUACGCGAAUCUGAUAGAUUGCGUGCCAAUUACGACAGCGGCGGAAACUGCAGAAACACACGAAAAAGGAUUUCAAAAUAUGGAGAAUAUUUGAGUAAAAAGUCAAUCUGGGAAAAUGACCAACAACCACACUUGGUAGAGAAACCCUAUAACUGUACCGAGUGCGGAAAACAAUUUAAGUUCAAAUAUUGGUUUUCUCUUCACCAGAAAAUAUUACCCAAUGAGAAAUCUGUUCAGUGCCAAAAUUGCGGAGAACAUUUCUUUUCCAAAUGUACUUUCACUGCUCAUCAAAAGUUGCACUCCAGAAAAAAAUGUCAUCAGUGCAAGACGUGUGGGAAACUCUUUGCUUUGAAACGUACCCUCACUGAACACCGAAAAACGCACAAUCGAGAAAAACCUCAUGAGUGUAGCCUCUGUAAUAAACGUCUUUCUUCGAAAUAUUACCUAGUUGUACAUAAGAGGUUACAUACUGGAGAAAAACCUCACGCAUGCCCAGAUUGCGACAAAACCUUUUCAUCUCAGCAGGCUCUGAAUUACCACCUGAUCACGCAUACAGGGAUAAAGCUUAAAAGUAUGAAAAGAAGAUCUACAAGAUCAAAGUAAAAAAUGUCAGAACGAGGAAAAGACAUUUUCUUCUCAGUGAUUCACUCAUAUCCCAAGUGAAGCUUCUUAAAGUUCUAAUACGUCAUUAUAUAACGGGAUUUGAAACACUAAAGUAAUUUCAUGCAUCUCCGUCUAAUCAUGGGUGGCGCCAUAUUGGAACCUAGGUUUCACUGCAGGUAUUUGAAGGAGAGUUGCUGCACAUGCACAAACAGGUCAGAACCGGAAUGCAGCGAAUUAUAGAUUUCAACAUGGCCGCACCCAUGAUUAGAAAACCCCCUGAACAAUUAUAAAAAAGGUAUUUAGUGCUUGUCACCAACAACAUUGUAUUUUUAUUGGUUACUUGACACGUGGACUUGUGCGAGAAUACAGACAAUCACUGAAGAAUUCAUGUGAAAUAAAAAUAUAGGUUUACUGUAAUUAUAUGCCAAGAUGAAAUAUCUGUAAUUGUGUAAAUAUGGAAAUAUUUUUUUUCCAAUUGUAGUUUGGAGGCAAGGUAGCAGUAUAAAGCCUUUAAACAUAGAUGUAAACCAGAAAUACGUUUGUGAGUUACUGGCGUGCUAGGAUUUGUUCUACUUCAUCAUUGUAUAGGAACUAGGGUGCCACCUUUAGUUCAGCCCUAACCCAAACACUCUUGUGCCGUGCACAGCAAAGCAAAAACACACUUUUGUGUAAUAGCACAUAAACACAAACUAGCUCAUAGAUAUUGACACUUACACACACUCAUGUGCUCAUGCACAAUCUCUAACAAACUAGCACACACUCACACACAUGCUCUCUCAAAAAAACACUCACUCUUUUACAGACCCUCACACACACUCUAACACAUAUUCACAUACACUCCCUCACAUGCUCACAGACACACACACACACAAAGGCACUCACUCUUUAACACACAGACUCUAACACACACACACUCUCUCACAAACACACACAAAGACACGCACUCGCACACACAAAUACACUCACUCUUUCACUCACACACACACACUCUAGCACACAUCCUCUCGCCCACACUCCCUCACAUGCUCACACACACACACAAAUUCACUUUCACACACUUUAACACACAUUCACACACACUCCCUCACAUACUCACACACACACACACACAUGCUUUCUCACACACACACAUACACUCUUUCAAACACACACUAACACUCAUUCACUCACACACACACACACACACAGAGACACUAGCGCUCUCACACACACACACGUACACUCACUCUUUCACACACACAAAGACACUAACACUCUCUCACACACACAUACACUCACUCUUUAACACACACACACAGACUAACAGACACUAACACUCAUUCACACACAAAGACACUAGUGCUCUCACACACACAUACACUCAUUCACACACACAAAGAUACUAACGCUCUCUCACACAUACAAAUACACUAACGCUCUCUCACACACACAAAUGCACUCCCUCUUUCACACACACACAAAGACACUGACAAAGACACACACACAAGAGCAAAAUAACUUUAGACACAUACAGUAUGUUGCAAAUUCACAAUGUCACCUUUUUGGCUGUGGCUGUUUCCCACCAAACCCGGACAUUUGCAUGUCUGACUCAGCAUCAAGCCCACAAAUGGAGACCCAAACUAUCCAGGUCAUUCCCAAACAGGUGGCAACUCUAAGAGGAGCUUCAACAGCUUAAUAAAUGUUUGUGUGUUUUGGAAUAUGUCUUAAUUAAUGAAGCCAAAACAGAAUAUGUAGAUACCAUAUUAGUAUAGGGUUUAUGUGUCUAGAAAUAUAACAUAGGCGAUAAAACAUAAGAUAUUAAUAAUUAUGACCACAAAAAUAUAAAUGAUAAUUUAGCAUUUCAGAUAAGGGUUUUUUAAGAGCAGUUAAUUAUUUUUUGUUGCAUCUUACCGUUAAAACUUAGUUCCUUACUUGUUUUUUCCUUGCUAUUGCGUCAACGAUAUUAGUGAAACGGCAACAUUAUUCCCUUGUUAGUAUGGGGGAUAUGUGGCUAUGGAUUUCAUAUAAAUCACCAGAGUUUGAUUGUGGUUCCAUCUUAAGAACAAUUUAUUAUUUGUUAUUGGAUCUGUGUGAAAAAUACAAAUAAUUUAAAAAGUACAAUGGUUUUGCUUCAUCAAACGGCAAAAUAUGUACAAUUUGCCCGUUUUAGUUUCUGUAACUGUACAGUAACACUACCUUUUUAUACAUUUGAAGUGUUUUGGUCAACUUGUAGAAUUUUCACUCACCAUUUGCGUAUAUCGUUGUCUUCAUUAUUUGUCAAAUCUAGAUACAUUAAGAAAAUAUACUUUAAUUUUGACUAUUUCAAAUAUUUCUUAUUUGUGUUAUGAUUCUGUAGGUUGGGCUGUUAAUUCUCUGUCCCAGGAAAUCUUUCAUUUUUGUGUUGUCUAAGAGGAACAAAAAAUAGAAAAUUGAUAUUGCAAAAAUGAGCGAGGCUAACCUGUUUUGUAUAUUUGAAUGCAAACACGUGGUAAUUAAUAAAAAAUAUAUAUAUAAACAGCAA